GUUGGCCUUUACUCUUCUCCUUUCUCCUCCACUUGCUUCAGGAAAACCCUGCUGGGCCAAGAGCUCCAGCCACCAGGCCGAACAAUUCAGAGGGCAGGAUCAGGAGAAACGCCGCGGCCAUCUUCAGAGCGCGCCCUAAGGGAUCAACGCCGAUUGUGCCCAGAUGGCGAGCGCGUACAAGGGCUAUGAGCCUCCUUCCAACUCCUCCGGCUACCGGAAGGACAAAGUCCGCCGCAAGAAGCUGACGGCGCAGAAGAGGAAGGAGAUCAAAGAGGCGUUCGACCUCUUCGACAUCGACGGCUCAGGCACCAUUGAUGCAAGGGAGCUCAACGUUGCCAUGAGAGCCCUGGGAUUCGAGAUGACACCGGAGCAAAUCAACCAGAUGAUCGCGGAGGUGGACAAGGACGGCAGCGGCACCAUCGACUUCGACGAGUUCGUGCACAUGAUGACGGACAAGAUGGGCGAGCGGGACGCCCGGGACGAGCUCUACAAAGCCUUCCGCAUCAUCGACAAGGACGGCAACGGCAAGAUCUCCGACAUCGACAUCCAGCGGCUGGCCAUCGAGACCGGCGAGCACUUCACGCUCGACGAGGUCAGGGAGAUGAUAGAGGCCGCCGACGAGAACGGUGACGGCGAGAUCGACCUGGAGGAGUUCAUGAAGAUGAUGAGGUGGACAAACCUCGGGUCAGGGUUUUAAUCCCAGGAAUGGAUUGGAUUGAUGAACAAUAUAUAUACAGCCAAGUGAAUACGCUUGCAGCAUAGGAAUUUAGUAGCUACAAACAGCAUGGUUCUGUAUAGAUCCUGCAAUUCCAAUCUUUCCUCAGCGAACACGGUAAGAGUGUAGUGUAGUUGCAUGCUAUACUGUACAUGUACAUCAGUACCUGUGGCUUGUAUUUUAUGUGUAUAUAUGAAAUGAAGCAUUAUACAUUUAUACUGAAGAA